AUGCCACGGUUUUCUGCUGCCUCAGUAAGGCGUAAUGGAAUCCUGCCUCAAACCCCAAUUCGAAGGGGUCAAUUUGGGCAGCGAAGUCCUUCGACUUAUACAACCACCAUUGGUAGAUCACCUGUUGCUUUGAUAUCGAGUACAGCGGUAUCUGGAUACAGGAAAAGAACAAUAAUGGAUUUCAAGGCGAUUUUUGAUACAGUGGAGGGAUGUCUAGCUUGGCGUUUCAAAGAUAGCUAUGAUUCUAGUAUGUUUAUGCACUUCUGGAUUCAUAUGCAAAAUCAAUUGAAGUGUGUGCGAGAGCAAGACGAUUCCCGCAAUUGGAAAGCAUUACCACCUACUCUUCGACAGCACAUUCGAGACGAUGCUCUAAAUGAGUUCCCCAAUUUGAAUGACUUCGAGAAUUUAUGGCUUGUGGACGCUGUUUGUACUGCUAUCAUGCAGAAUAGACAAAGCAAUGAGAAGAGACUUGCAAUACUGAAGGAAAGAAGACAUCGAAAUCAAGGCUCUAUGAGCUUCUCAAGGAGAGCACCUGAGCAGAAUAGAGGUUUAAUACCUGGUUUCAAAGGUCAACGACAUCGAGGUAUUCGGAGAAAUGUCACGCAUUCUGCUGAAGCGGAGUUGUCGCCUCUUUUUGAUGCUGACGAUAUGAAUAUUCAAGGAUCAAGUAUGAUACCAAGCCCAGUGAGAGCGGUACCAACCUUAUCGAGGACUUUGCUAUCACAACCCCAACCCAUCCACGAUCUCGAGGGGAGCAGUCUGGAAACCGAGGAUCCGUCAGAUAUCGAGAGGCAAGAAAGUAUUGAUGGACGAGAGAGUAUUGGUGGACAAUUUAGUAUUGAUGGACAGGAUAGUAUUGAUGGACAAGAGAGUAUUGGUGGACAAGAUAGUAUUGAUGAAGAGCCUCUUGAAAAUGGAGGGAAAUGUACACAAAGGGGAUGUAAUAAUUUGCGCUUGAAAAGGGCGGGGAGAGGUUGGAGGAUGAUGUGCUCUCGUUGCUGUGAUGCGAUAGAAGAGAGCUAUGAUGCAUUGGAGCUUUCUCUACCUAGAGCACUUGAUCGAAAUAGUCGAGGCAGAAGUUCGACUCAAAAGAAUAAGGAGAUUCAAAAGGAUGCUCUGACAAUCCCAGAUAUCAAACAAAGGAGGAGUGAUCGUGUUGGAAUACGGGAAAGAAAUCGAGCAGAUGCACGAUCUAGAAACUUGAUGAUGGAGGCAUCGCAAUCUCAGAGAUAA